AUGAGGUGGCAAACUGUAACAGCAAUUCUUUUCAUGUACGGGACAAUCAAAGAAUUUCGGCCUGCAACCCCAUUCCUCACUCCGUUUCUCGUUUCCGAGUUCAAAAAUUUCACAAAACCGGAAGUCUACUCACAAAUCUACCCAUAUUGGACGUAUUCCUAUCUUGCAGCUCUAGUUCCAAUGUUCAUUUUGACUGAUAUUCUACGCUACAAACCUAUCAUUAUUCUAGAAGCUGCCGGUUUGGUCUUCACUUGGAUACUGUUGGUAUUCGGUGAAAGAAUAUGGCAAAUGCAGCUGAUGCAGUUCGCAUUUGGAGUUUCUUCGGCUUCAGAAAUCGCAUAUUAUGCGUAUAUUUACGCGGUGGUUGAUAAGAAGCAUUACACAAAAGCCACGUCUUAUAUUCGGACAGCUACCCUUGUAGGCAAAUUGUUCGCGUUCGGAUUCUCGCAAUUGAUGAUUUCGAUGCAAUGGGGAACUUAUAUGACUUUGAACAAGAUAACUCUUAUAGCAGUGAUUUUAUCAUUUCUUAUUGUAUUGUUCUUACCUGGUCUUCAAUUUGAAAAUCCGCGGAUUCGACCUGAUGUUGAAUCGUUGACAAAUAUUGGACAAGAGAGCGAAUUUGAGCCAAAAGAAACUGAAUCAUAUUUGGCUGAAUUUUUGAGAAGGAAUUUCGAAGAGCUUAAGAUAUGCUCGAAAAAUGUCAACCUGAUCACCUGGUCAAUUUGGUGGAUUCUGGCUACAUGUGGAAUGAAUCAGGUACAAAAUUACGCCCAAUCAUUAUGGUCCGAAAUGCAAUUUGAUUCAUCAAAUGUCGCCAAUGGCGGAGUCGAAUUUAUCAAUUCGAUAAAUGGAGCAAUUCUGUCAUUCAGUUUUCAAUAUUUCGACAUUUCUUGGAAGAAAUAUGCUAAAUCCGUCUUGCCAAUUUCCACUAUCAUCGUGGCAAUUCUUCUACAAAUUUCAGCACGAACCACUAAAAUUUUAAUUGUUUAUGCUUCCUAUAUUUUAGUAAAUGCAAUAUAUGAUCUACUAAAAACUGCAGCAUCGUCGAAUGUUGCGGAAGCAUUGUCGAAUACGAAUAGCCAUGGGCUCGUAUUCGGUGUCAACACAUUUUUCGCAGUUUCCUUACAAUCUCUUAUGACUCUUCUCAUUGUAGAUAAUCAUUUUCUUAGUUUGGAUAUUCGAACCCAGUUUAUAUUUUACUCAUUUUAUUAUGCUAUCAUCGGGUGUUUAUUGUUCAUAUUUUGGUGCCACAGCUGUUUUGCUGAAAAUGCUGAAAAUGAGGAUGAGACGUGUCAAUAA